AUGGCGGCAGCGUCCAACUACGAUUCGGCGCUUGGCCUGACGGUUUUUUACGAAUGCACCUCCUUGGUUCUGCUGAUAGCCACCUUCUGUGAGUCUCCCUAUGACUAUACGUGCUACUGCCGAAACCCCGAUGCCAUGGCGACGAUUACAGGCUGUUUUGCAGCCACAGCCGGGACAAGAAAAUACGGAAACGACUAUUUGGUGGAGUUUUGCCACGAAGCGUUUAUGCCUGUGACGCUGCAACAGGUGGCUCAGGCGUACCAGAACUACACCAACCACGGUCUCGACAUCACCAAGGUGGAAAACUACAACCAGAGCGAAACGGCCACGACGCCGAUCCGGAUCCCGGAGGAGUACGCCAGGCUGUACCGCAAUUCGUAUAAACAGAUCAAGAAUUCGGUUUUUUUCGGCGCUGGACUGGUGGCCUACUGGGGGUUGGUGGUUGUGCUUUCUGGGCUUUUCAACUGGGCCACCGUUUUCGUGCCUCAAAGCCGGAACCUCUUCAACAAUGCAUUUUUCAAGUUCGUCCGCUGCCACCUCUCCAUGCCUGCGUUGUUUGGAAAGCGCCGUACGGAAAGUUUCAGAGCCAGGUUCCCCAUCUUUGAAUGGCUCCUCCCGACCAGACUCGAAACGCUCACCGUGGCGGGCUUUUUCUGGGUGCUUUUCAUUCUCUGUGCCGUGGACGAAAAAUACAUUCCUGCUCCGUGGCGGUCCAGGACGGAAACGGUCCAUACCCUGGUGGCUGACAGGACCGGUAUUAUCGCUACGAUGUUGACACCGCUCAUGGUGCUUUUUGCGGGAAGGAACAGCUUUCUUCAGCUCAUUACCCGCUGGAAAUCCACAACCAUGAUGGUGUUCCACCGCUGGAUCGCCAGAAUGGUGGUUUUGCUUGUGUUGAUCCAUGCGGUGUGCUACACCAGGGUGCUCAAAUGGGAGAUGCGGUACCCGGCUGAAUUCGACGAAGAUUACCUCAGAUACGGCGUGGUGGCCUUGGUCUGUGGCGGCAUUAUCUGUGUCCAGGCGCUUUUGUACUUUAGAAGACGCUGGUACGACAUUUUCCUAGCCAUCCACGUUGUGCUAGCUGUUUUCUGGGUAGUCGGUGCCUGGUACCAUCUUUCGUACAUGGGAUAUGCCCAGAUGAUGUAUGCUGUUUUUGCCGUUUGGGCCUUUGACCGUGUGGUCAGGGUCUUGAGACUCUGCUACUUUGGCUUUCCUACUGCUAAGGUGACGUUGGUGGAGGAUACGUUGAAGGUGGAGAUCCCCCGACCCAAGCACUGGAAGGCCAUUGCUGGAGGCCAUAUUUGGGUGCAUUUUGGUCUUGGGCUUCAUUUCUGGCAAUGCCACCCGUUUACGUUUUUCGAGUCGGUGACUGAAGAAUCCACCAUUGUGUGCUGCUGCAAAGUGAAAGGCGGAGUCACCAGAGCCCUAGCUAAGAAAAUCGGCGGUCUUCCUGGAAAACUGCUUUCGCUUCGUGUUGCCGUCGAAGGCCCCUACGGAGCUCCUAGUCCUGUUGCUCGUCAUUCCAGCGUUCUUUUCGUUGCUGGAGGUUCAGGCAUUCCGGGUAUUUAUUCCGAGGCCAAUGCGCUUUAUGAGCAGAACAAGGGCAGCAAACAGAAGGUCAAGCUUCUCUGGGUGGUCCGUGAGCUGCGUUCGCUUGCCAUGUUCAUCAACGAAAUGCGUGCUCUUGUCAAACACGGCAUUGAAACGGCUGUUUUCGUGACAAGGCCGGAAAUACACCAUGGCGAGGAGCUCGAGCGUCUUUUCUUCGCCGACAGCCUGCUGGAAAAGGAAAAGGUCAAGGAGACGAUCGAGGAGAUCAACGUUAUUGAAAAGUUGCAAGACGAGCUCCCUCAUGUGGAGUUUGUUUGUGGAAGGCCGAAUAUGAGAGAGAUUGUUGCAAGAGAGGUGGAAGAGGCUUCUGAAUCCAUGGCUGUGGUGGCUUGCGGCCAUCCGUUGUUGGUUGACGAUUUGCGUGAUAUUGUGAUUGACCAGGUUAACACAGCAGACAAGCGGGUUGAUUUCUACGAGCAGUUGCAAGUGUGGGCAUGA